AGAAUCGUCCAUAGAAGUCAUCGGAGCUUCAUCGGAAUAAUCCCGACGUCGACGUCGGCAUCGCCAACUGCGACGAUAAUUCCGAAACUUAGUACCGAUGCGUAGAGCUCGUCUCCAGGAUCAUCACGGGGUCGACGGAAUCGAAUUCCGAGCUCAAACGAGGGAGAAACGAGUUUCUUCGUUUGACGUCCAAACGAUGAACCGUUUGCGCCUACACGACCGUGGGAACGAGGAGAAUUUUAUAGAGUCAAUCUCUGGAAUUUUAGAACUUAAUUCCCGACUUGGAAUCGGCUAAAUUAAGGUGUGUGGGGAUUAAGAGGACCUUAAUUAUUGCAUCAAUUAUUUAUGCUUGAUUUGCAUAUUUGGAUGGAUGGAUUACUGUGGG